AUGUCGGAUUAUCUUGGUAUAAAUAUAGAAACAACCGACAAGUCACGAUGGAGACUCGAAGUGGAUCAUGGAAAGCAAACUUGGCAUUAUUUAGAAAGUAAUGAUGAAAUAAAAAAUUGGCCUCAAACUGCAUGCGAUCGUUAUUGGUUAGGAUUGUCUUAUAAUAAAAUUAAUGAUGACCAAAAAGAAUCCUCGCCACUAAAAACUUCUGAAGCCGUAUACAAUGGAUACAAAUUCUUUAAACAAUUGCAAACUGUGGAUGGUCAUUGGGCGGGCGAAUAUAGUGGUCCUAUAUUUUUGAUUUCAGGACUUGUGUUUUCGACGUUCAUUACUCGUCUAUCAAUCCCUCAAGCUUGGAAAAUUGAAAUUAUCACAUAUCUAGUUAAUACCUCAAAUCCAGAUGAUGGUGGCUGGGGAAUACAUGUAGAAGACCAUUCAAAUCUACUAGGAACAACUUUAAAUUACGUUGCGCUCAGAAUUCUGGGAAUGGAUCCUGAGCAUCCUGUACUUAUUAAAAGUAGAGCAUUCAUACAUAAACUUGGUGGGGCUGUAGCUAUUCCGUCUCUUGGAAAGUUUUGGUUAGCAAUGCUAAAUAUUUAUGAUUGGAAAGGAGUUAAUCCAGUUUUACCAGAAUUAUGGCUUCUUCCAUACAAGUCACCCCUUCAUCCGGCUCGCAUUUGGAGUCCAAUACGUGCUACCCAUCUCUCAAUGAGUUAUCUUUAUGGCCGUAAAGUGGCUGAGAAAAUGUGCCCGUUAAUUGAACAAUUACGACUUGAGUUAUUUGUUCAACCAUAUGAUAAAAUUAAUUGGUCUGCUGCAAAAGGCAAUGUUUGUGAGGCGGAUGUAUAUUUUCCUCGUUCUCCGAUUUUAGCUAUUACUAAUACGGUUUCAAAUAUUUGGAAUCAUUUCCAAAAUUUAUUGGGCCUUCGUAAUAUCGCAUUAAAAAAAGUUUAUAAAUUAAUGAAACUUGAAGAAAUUGAUUCUAACUAUGUUUCUGUUUGUGCGAUUGAUAAAUUAUUUCGUUUGGUUUGUGCUUAUUAUGAAGAGGGUCCAGAGUCUGAAAUGUUUUUAAAUAUGAAAGAUAAGGUUGCAAAUUAUAUAUGGAUGACUCCAAAUGGAAUGUUAAUGAAUUCCGUUGAUGGAUCACAAAUUUGGGAUACUUCACUCGCAGUGCAAGCAAUAAUAGAAUCAGGUUUGGCAAAUGAUCCAGAAAAUCAUGAAUCAAUGAUUAAAGCACUUGAGUUUUUAGAUGAUUCACAAAUAAAAAAUAAUCCAACAUAUAUGAAACAAUGUUGGAGAGAACCUUCAAAAGGAUUAUGGGGUUUUAGUACAAGAGAACAAGGGUGGGCUACCAAUGAUUGUACUGCUGAAGCUUUAAAAGCAAUAUUACUUCUUCAGGGUAAAUUAGAUUACACACCACCAUUAAUUAAUCAAAAGCGAAUUCAUUCUACAAUUGACACGUUAAUCAGAAAACAGCAUACCAAUGGAGGAUUUUCACGUUUUGAAAAUAUUCGUGGCUAUUGUUGGAUGGAGUUGAUAAAUCCUUCAGAACUUCUUGAAAAUACCUUAAUCGAACAUACUUACGUUGAAUGUACAAGUUCUGUAAUGACUGCUUUAAGAAUAUUUUCAAAAUUUGAUCUCGUGGACCGUUACGUUGAUGAUAUUGAAAAAGUCUGUGCAAAAGCAACGAAAUAUAUUCAUAGGAUGCAACGUAAAGAUGGUAGUUGGCUUGGAUCAUGGGGUAUUUGCUUUACGUAUGGUACAAUGUCCGCACUUCAGGGACUAUCAAGUGUUGGAGAAACUUAUGAGAAUAGUGAAUACGUAAAAAAAGCAUGUGACUUUUUGAUUUCAAAACAACGUGAGGAUGGUGGAUGGGGAGAAAAUUACAAGUCUUCUUCCGGCGUAGGACAGUAUAUACAACACUCAAAUACGCAAGUUGUUAAUACGGCUUGGGCAUUGCUCGGACUAAUGUAUGCUGAAUAUCCGUUUAGUGAACCUAUUAGAAACGGAAUUGAGCUUAUUAAAUCAAGACAACUUCCAACUGGAGAGUGGAAGAAAGAAUCUUUUGAAAGUAUGAUUGGCAAAAAUUGUCCGAUAAAUCAUUCAAAUUACAAAUUUAUCUACUGUAUUUGGGCAUUAGGAAUGUAUUCUAAUUUAUAUGAAAGUGAUGAACAUUAUGGUGUUUGGGAGAUAAUAUGA